AUGGACAGCCACGGCAACGCCUCUGGCGGGAAGCGCAAGGGCAAGCGCGGCCGCAAGCCGAAGCCGCCGGUACCUGCCUCUCCCGACAGCAACCACAACCACACCCACCACCACGCCGCACCAUCCUCCUCGCCGCUCUCCACCGCCGCCGUGGCGGCGUCAGACUCCCCGGACCCGGAGCCGGCGUCAUCCUCCCCGGUUCCCCGCCGCCGGGGCCGCAAGUCCCGCCGCAUCCGCAACGGCCCCCCGGCCUCCGAGGUCGAUGCCGCCCCCUCGCCCUCGCCUCCGCCGCGGGCGCGGGGCGGGCCCAAGGCGGCCGCGCCCAACGGCGAGAUGGUGGUUGAGGUUCCCGCGGCGGCGGUGGAGCCCCUGCGUUGGGACCAGGUGGUGAAGGUGGUGCCGUCGAUGGACGCCGUCGUGAAGGUGUUCUGCGUCCACACGGAGCCCAACUUCUCCCUGCCGUGGCAGCGGAAGCGGCAGUACAGCUCGAGCAGCAGCGGGUUCAUCAUUGGCGGCCGCAGGGUGCUCACCAACGCCCACUCGGUUGAGCAUUACACACAGGUCAAGCUCAAGAAGCGUGGCUCUGACACCAAGUACCUUGCGACUGUCCUUGCCAUAGGCACCGAGUGUGACAUUGCAUUGUUGACUGUUGAGGAUGAUGAAUUCUGGAAAGGCGUUUCACCUGUAGAGUUUGGGUCGCUGCCAGCACUCCAGGAUGCUGUCACUGUUGUUGGUUACCCAAUUGGAGGCGAUACGAUCUCAGUGACUAGUGGUGUAGUUUCUAGGAUAGAAAUACUGUCAUAUGUUCAUGGUUCUACAGAGCUUCUUGGGUUACAGAUAGAUGCAGCUAUAAAUUCGGGGAACUCAGGGGGGCCUGCUUUCAAUGAUAAGGGAAAAUGUGUCGGUAUAGCUUUUCAAUCUCUGAAACAUGAAGAUGCAGAGAACAUAGGCUACGUUAUACCCACCCCAGUUAUUAACCACUUCAUUGAAGACUACAAAAAAUCCGGAGAAUACACAGGUUUCCCUAUACUUGGAAUAGAAUGGCAAAAAAUGGAAAAUCCUGAUCUCCGCAAGGCAAUGAGAAUGAAAGCUAACCAAAAGGGUGUUCGGAUACGAAGGAUUGAGCCAACUGCUCCUGAAUCUGGAUGCCUCCAACCUUCUGAUAUCGUCCUUAGCUUUAAUGGUAUUGAUAUUGCCAAUGAUGGUACAGUUCCUUUUAGGCAUGGUGAGCGCAUUGGAUUCAGCUACCUUGUUUCUCAAAAGUACACUGGUGAGAAGGCACGUGUGAAAGUACUUCGCAACUCAAAAAUCCAUGAAUUUAACAUAAAGCUGGCAACCCACAAAAGACUCAUUCCAGCUCAUAUCAAGGGAAGGCCGCCGUCAUAUUACAUUGUUGCUGGCUUUGUUUUUAUGGUUGUGUCUGUUCCAUAUCUUCGAUCUGAGUAUGGAAAAGACUAUGAAUAUGAUGCCCCGGUCAAGUUGUUGGAUAAGCAUUUGCAUGCAAUGGUGCAAUCAUCUGAUGAGCAGCUUGUGGUGGUGUCACAGGUGCUUGUGGCAGAUAUAAACAUUGGUUAUGAAGAUAUAGUCAACAUUCAGGUUCUUGCCUUCAAUGGCACACCGGUUAAAAACUUGAAGCACCUAGUGACCAUGGUGGAAGAGUGCGAUGAGGCAUUCUUGAAGUUUGAUCUGGACUACGAUCAGUUGGUUGUCCUGGAGACGAAAACUGCAAAGGCUGCAACUCAAGAUAUUCUGACAACACAUUGUAUUCCUUCGGCUGUCUCAGAAGACCUGAAGAGCUGA